AUGAUUAUGUGCGAUGCUGCUUUUUUCCAUCGACCUAGUAGAACUUUAAGUGUCCUUAAUGGUUUGGAAACUACUGGUGAGCGCAUUACCGCGGAUUGCAAGCUCAGCUUUGGGUUGCGCCAGCCAGCGCUCAUUCAUAACAUUAUUGCUAAAGAAGAAGGAUUAACGGAUAUGAUGAUGGAAGGUGAAGGUAGUAGUAGCAGCAAGAAUAGAGGAGUUCAAAAUCGUGACGAUGGCUUCAUUAAUACUCUCUUUUCUUGGUCUCUUGAUGACAUUUGUAACGAAAAUCUUUUCAGUCAUAAGGUGGAAAAAAUUCCGGAAUCAUUUGAAUCUGUCACUCAGUAUUUGGCGUCAUUUGUUUAUCCUUUGUUGGAAGAAACACGAGCACAACUGUUUUCACCUAUGGAGACCAUUUCAAGAGCACCUUAUGCUAAGGUGGAUGUUUUUAGGCCCCAUGGAUCUGAGUUAUUAGAUGUUAAGAUUGAUUACUGGAGGAACAGGUUCAGUAACAAUGGUAAAGAGCCAUAUAAAACUUUGCCGGGGGAUAUUUUAAUUUUAGCAGAUGCGAAACCUGAAACUAUUUCCGACUUGGAGAGGGUUGGUAGAAUGUGGUCUUUUCUAUCAGUCAUGAAAAUCGCUGAGGAUGAUAUUGAUAGCACUUCUACUUACUUUAAAGUGAAGGCUUCAAAAAGCACCCAGCAGUUUGAUGGAGAGAAAUCAUUGUUUGUGAUUUUCUUGGCAAAUAUUACUCCUAACAGAAGAAUAUGGAAAUCCUUGAACAUGUCUCGAAAUUUGAGGAUAAUCAAUGAAGUUUUAUGCAGGAAUUCUGUGUUGGAGGAAAGCUGCCAAGUCUGUUCUGAACUGAAUGGAGGCAUCUUAUAUGAGAAAUUUGGUAGUGGUUUAUCAUCAACAUUGAAUGAUUCACAAUUGAAUGCAGUUCUUGCCUGUCUUGAUGGAGUGCGUUGUGAUCACAAGUCCUCUGUGCAACUUAUAUGGGGUCCCCCUGGAACAGGGAAAACUAAAGCUGUUAGUAUGCUUCUCUUUACGCUGUUGAAAACAAAAUGCAGAACCCUUACUUGUGCCCCGACGAAUGUUGCAAUUACAGAAGUUGCUUCUCGUGUUCUGAAGCUGCUGAAAGAAUCGAUUAAAACUGAUGACUCUGGAAGUGAGACUCUGUUGCUUCCUCUUGGAGAUAUUCUCUUGUUUGGGAGUAAUGAGAGACUCAAAGUUGGUCAAGAAAUAGAAGAAAUAUAUUUGGAUUAUCGCGUCAAAAAGCUUUCAGAGUGUUUUGGUACGCUGACUGGCUGGAGGCAUUGCUUCUCAUCCAUGAUGGAUUUACUUGAAGAUUGUGUUUUUCAGUAUCACAUUUUCUUGGAGAAUAAAUUGAUAAAGAAGAGAGAAAGCAUUGACAAAAAUGAAGUCAAAGAGAAUUACAGCAAUAUGGAAAUGGAACGUGACAAUGAGGAGUUUAAAUCAUUUCUUGAAUUUGUGAGACAUAGAUUUAAACAUACUGCCACUCCUCUUAGAAAUUGUAUAUUUAUCUUCUGCACUCAUAUACCCAAAAGUUUCAUUUUGGAAAGUAACUUUCAAAAUAUGGUAGAUCUUAUCAGUUUACUUGAUUCUUUCGAAACUUUGUUGUUUCAAAAAAAUGUAGUUUCUGACGAGCUGCAAGAGCUCUUUUCACAUUCAGUAGUUGAAGAGUUUUUUUCAUCACCUGGGCAUAGAAAUUACUUGUUGCAGAAAAGGAGAGGUGAAUGCCACACAGUUUUAAGAAAUCUUCAUGAUUCCUUUAGUAAACUUGAGUUUCCAAGUGGUAUGAACAAAGAUUCAUUAAAAGAUUUCUGCUUUAAAACAGCUUCUGUAAUAUUUUGCACUGCCUCUAGUUCAUUUAAGCUGCAUUAUGUGGGCAUGGAACCACUGAACUUUCUGGUCAUUGAUGAAGCGGCACAACUAAAAGAAAGUGAGUCGACAAUACCGCUGCAACUGUUCAGCUUAAAUCAUACUAUUCUCAUUGGGGAUGAGUGCCAAUUGCCAGCAAUGGUUAAAAGCAAGGUAUGGUUUAUGUUAUUUCAACAGUUCUGGUGA